AUGGUGAACUUCACGGUAGAUCAGAUCCGGGCCAUUAUGGACAAGAAGGCCAACAUCCGCAACAUGUUCGUCAUCGUCCACGUGGACCACGGCAAGUCCACACUGACGGACUCGCUGGUCUGCAAGGCCAGCGUCAUCGCGUCCGCGCGGGCCGGGGAGACCCCCUUCAGGGACACCCGCAAGGAUGAGCAGGAGCGCUGCAUCACCAUCAAGUCCACCGCCAUCUCCCUCUUCUACGAACUCUCUGAGAAAGACUUGAACUUCAUCAAGCAGAGCAAGGACGGCUCUGGCUUUCUCAUCAACCUCAUCGACUCUCCUGGGCACGUAGACUUCUCCUCUGAGGUGACGGCCGCCCUCCGGGUCACUGACAGAGCCUUGGUGGUGGUGGACUGCGUGUCUGGGGUGUGCGUGCAGACGGAGACGGUGCUGCCACAGGCCAUCGCCGAGCACAUCAAGCCUGUGCUGAUGAUGAACAAGAUAGACCGGGCCCUGCUCGAGCUGCAGCUGGAGCCCGAGGAGCUCUACCAGACCUUCCAGCGCAUCGUGGAGAACGUCAACGUCAUCAUCUCCACCUACGGCGAGGGCGAGAGCGGCCCCAUGGUGUCUGGGAGCCCCGGUUUGUCCUACAAAGUGUGCUUACCAUACGUGAGCAGACUUCCCCCUUUGCAAGCCAAGCAUCCUACACAGUUACUCCACCCCAGCCCUGUUUCUUCCUAG